AUGUGCACCUACAUCUACACCUACCACAAGGAUUGCGGCCACAAGCAGUACCAGAACACCUUCAAGUGCCUCUCGGCCCGGGGCAGCUCCAUGUUCCAGUCAUCGCGAAGCCUCACCCUCGAUCGCACCAUCCACCUCCCCGACCAGGAGCCGGCGCAGGUCCCGAACGCCCUGUGCGAUGGCAACAUCAAGAAUGCGGUCCGUCCCGUGCCCGGCCGUUGCCGUACCUGCGCCCGCGAGGAGAGAGAGCUGAAGGAUCUACUUGAGGGCGCUCGACGUGCUCGGGACGAUACGGUCACGGCGGCGGGUGUGCGGAACAGCGUCCUCGGUCUGCAGAAGCUUGUCGCGGCGGCGAAGCCUUUGGACUCGGGUUACUGA